AAAAAACUUUGUUUCCUGAUAUUUCUAAUAUAGAUAUAACAUUUGAAGAUGAUGUUGUUAUAAUCUGGGAUCGUAAUAAUCCUCAUCCAGACACUAGUACGAGAGUUACUCCUCAAAAUCUAGAAGUUCCUAUUCCAGAAGUUCCUGUUCCAGAAGUUCCUGUUCCAGAAGUUUCUGUUUGUCCAGAAAUUCCUCCUUUGCAAGAAUUAUGGUUUAAACUCAAAUGGAAUCCAAGAGUUUUUUCUGUUGUAGUAAGUGGUUUUAUCAUCAUACUUGCAGCUAUUGGUAUUGAUUUAAUAGUAAGUUCAUAUACCGGUGGUCAAAGAAAAAAAGAAAUACAAAAUUAUAUUAACGAAUGUCGAGAACCACGUAUCGAAUCAUAUUAUAAUAUUAUGGUUUUAGAUUUUCUUAUAGAUCAAAUUAAAGCAUUUACAAUUGCAAUAGAUUUAAUAACUGGAAUUACAGAAUCACAAUUAAAAAACAUGUUUGAAACUUUUCAAAAUAAAUGUAAUAAAGAAAUUAAGAAAAUCGAUUAUGUUAAAGCAGAAGAAAUAUUAAAACAAAUAGAUAAACAAAGAGGUUCUUGGACAAAUGAAGGAUAA